UACAAAUGUAGAAAGAAGAAGAAUGUUUUGCUCUGGGCUAUUAUUAUUAUUAAUCACACUAAUAUUAGGUAGCGACAUAUAAAGAUAAGAUAAGAUUGCAAUGGAAAUGCAGGUGUCAUAAAAUUAAUAAAUCAAUAUAAAGAUAAUAAAUUGAAAUCUUUGAAUGAAGGAGGAAGGUCGAAAAAGUACUUCGACUACCAAGAAAGCCCUAUGAACGUUUUAAUUUCGAUGUAGAAUUCUGCAUACCAGACAAUGGUGAAUAUCGUCUUUCAGACCAAUAGGACACAAUCUUUCUUAGAGUAUGUUCAUCGAUUAAAAUCCACUAUUUCGACUGUUUCUUGAUCUCAGCGGUAUAACUGGAGUGCUUAUCGAACCGCUCUCGUAUGUAUGUGCAUUAUGUUGGUUAUCUCUGGUCUUGGUAUUUACAUAUUAUUCGUAAUGUAACGUUACUAAUGUUUAAUAUGUAGGAAAUGUAAUUGGAAAUUUCGCAGAACUUCACAACAAAAAAGUAUUAUAAACUAAUUCCAUAAAAACGUAACACAAAAGAGACGAAUAAAAUUAGUUUUGGCGCCGCUUUCCAAUGAGCCGGUUGUUUUCUAUUUUUUAGGGCAGAGUGAAAAGAAACAAACUUAAUUACAAAAAAAUAUACUGAAACAAAAAUUAUUUACAAAUUUUAAACACCCCCAUACAAACAUGCUUCAAAGCGAAGAAACAGAAGAAACAACGACAAAAGCGCCACCGGCAUAUAUCAAUUCGAAUUAUAUACGACAAGCACUGGAAUGUAACGUCAGUGGUAGCAUGUAUGACGAUAAGCGUAUUAAUGUAUUGGAAUGCAUUUUUCAAUGCAUCAACGAGGAAGGUGCAAACAAUCGUAGUGAUCUCUAUAGAGCUCAUGUGAAAUUCGAAGAAUAUCGACUCGGUCGUCCUGUGGCAGAUAAUACAACGCUCAUAGUGAAAGAUGUGAUAAUGGAUGCUGCCACAAAGACGACCACAAAUGAAUUAGUAAUGUUUCAACAUGUAUUGCCAAGAAUGAAGCGUAUACUGUCAGAAAUUCCGGAUUACCGGUAUGGAACUGAUAAGUAUGUUUCUAAGAAAAUGGCUCUCAAACUGUUUGCAGAUUGCUUAUUUUGCGAACGUGGUAUACGUGAGAUAUACGUACUGGAAGACUUACAGGACCUGGACUAUGGCCCCCUUGAACCGCGCUAUGGAUUAGAUUUGGAAGAAUCGAAAAUCGUUAUGAGUAAACUUGCAGAUCUCCAUGCGGCGUCCAUUCAGUAUAUGAAGGAGUAUCCUAAUGGGGCGGCGACACUGCUAUCAUCACCGCUCGCCAACGGCAUUAGUCCGACUAGCCGACAAGGGGUUACAGCGUUCGAAGGCAUGCGCAACGCUAUUAAGCUGGUUGAACAGUGGACGGGCUUUAGUGGUAUCGCAGCAUCCAUGCGCAUAUGGACGGAAAACUUCAAUGAACGUCUAACACAGGUGCUGAGGAGACGACGUUGUCGUUUUAAUGUUAUUAACCAUGGUGAACUCUGCACCAAGAAUAUACUCAUACGGUUAGGAGUUCAAGAAAGCGCCGAUCUAAAAAUUCUUAUCGUGCCUAAGGAUGCUGUAUUUCUGGAUUUUCAAUUGUCUUUCGUUGGCAGUUGUGGUUAUGAUUUAAAUGUCUUCUUCUACACUAGCGUCAGCGUGGAAGUCUUGAAAUCACAUCGUCAUGUGCUGCUACGUCACUAUCACGAUCGCUUAAAGGAAACCCUUAAGCAUUUAAAAUUUCAAGAGACUGAAUUACCCACUUGGCAGACAUUAAUGGGGGAGGUGUACGAUCUCGAAUUCAUUGGUUAUUACGCUUUGCUGUGUUUGUUGCCAUUAAGUUGUAUUGAUGGUGCAGCUUCCACUGAGGAGCUUGAGAGGAAACACAAAUUAAUGUACGAAAAUCAGAGGGUACAGGAAAUGCUUCGUUAUGGUUUGCCGCGCCUCACUCAGUUGGGUGUGUUAGACCUUGUACCUAGGGAAAGGGAUUUUCCAUCGAGUUGAUAAUGUAUGUAUGUAUGUAGUUUAAAUAAAAAAAUAACGAAUAGUGAUAUUAUACUAAAAA